AUGACUGCGAACCCUCCACGCCACACAAGGAAGCCAGGCAACCGCACCCGCCGACCGCGCCCCGCGACGGGGCGGCUGCGCAAGCGCCGGAAGUCAGGCUGCGGCGGAAGUCAGGCUGCGGCGGAAGUCAGGCUGCGGCGGAAGUCAGGCUGCGGCGGAAUUGGUCGAAUUGUUUUAGAAUUGUUUGCAGAUAUUGUACCCAAAACUGCAGAAAAUUUUCGGGCAUUAUGUACAGGAGAAAAGGGCAUUGGAUCCACGACGGGCAAGCCUCUUCAUUUCAAAGGAUGUCCUUUCCAUCGAAUUAUUAAGAAGUUUAUGAUUCAGGGUGGAGAUUUCUCAAAUCAGAAUGGAACAGGUGGAGAAAGUAUUUAUGGUGAAAAAUUUGAAGAUGAAAACUUUCAUUAUAAGCACGAUCGCGAGGGCUUGUUGAGCAUGGCAAACGCAGGCCGCAACACUAACGGCUCUCAGUUCUUCAUCACGACGGUUCCAACCCCUCAUCUGGAUGGGAAGCACGUGGUGUUCGGGCAAGUAAUCAAAGGAAUAGGUGUGGCAAGGAUUCUGGAAAACGUCGAAGUCAGUGGUGAAAAGCCUGCCAAAUUGUGCGUCAUUGCGGACUGUGGAGAGCUGAAAGCAGGUGAUGACUGGGGAAUAUUCCCCAAGGAUGGCUCUGGUGACAGCUAUCCAGAUUUCCCUGAAGACGCGGAUGUGGAUCUGAAGGACGUAGAUAAAAUUGUAUUAAUAACUGAAGACUUAAAAAACAUUGGAAAUACUUUUUUCAAGUCUCAGAACUGGGAAAUGGCCAUUAACAAAUACACAAAGGUUUUAAGGUAUGUGGACAGUGCCAGGGCCGUUCUGCAGGAGGCCGACGGGCCCCGGCUGCAGCCCGUGGCCUUGAGCUGUGUGCUCAACAUCGGCACUGGGACCAAAGCUGCCAAUGCAGAGGGGAUGUGGGUGUGCCGCCUGUGCCUGCUGGGCAAGCACCCCACUGCCCGGUCCACCCCUGGCCUUCUGGUUUUUAAAGUGGGACUUCUGCCGGCUGGCAGCUUUGUGAUCUCAGCUCUUGAAAUAGACCCGUCAAAUACCAAAGCACUGUAUCGUCGCGCUCAAGGAUGGCAAGGAUUGAAAGAAUAUGAUCAAGCAUUGGCUGACCUUAAGAAAGCUCAAGAGAUAGCACCAGAAGAUAAAGCUAUCCAGGCAGAACUGCUGAAAGUCAAGCAGAAGAUCAAGGCACAGAAAGAUAAAGAGAAGGCAGUGUAUGCAAAGAUGUUCGCCUAACGAGGAUUCGCUUUUGCCUGGUAUUAUGCACAGGUUGUUUGAGGCAGUAAAAAAAAGGAGAGUUAAGUCUCUAGCUUUCAGUUCCUCAUUGUUUACAGUUUAGAAAUACUGAGUUUCCCUCUUAAUAAAGUGUUACCAAAUGCCAGUGAAA